GUGACGGGCUGGGGGUCACAUGACGGCGGGAGCUGGAGCCGGGGAGCGGGAGCGGAGCGGCCGCCGCCGGGGGUGAUGCCAUGGCCGCUGCCAGCUCCAGCAGGGCCAGGGCCGGGCCGCCCUGCGAGAAGUCCCCGCUCUCUGUGAAAGUUGUGUCAGUGAAGCCCAAGGCCCAGAGCCGCCCAGCACGGAUGAACUGCUACGUGGAGGUGGCUGGCGACGGGCUGCCCAGUGAGACCAAGAAGACGGGGAAGCAGAUGGGGGUCUCUGAGCUGCUGUGGAAUGAGAUCCUCACGCUGAAUGUCACAGCUCAGAGCCACUUGGAGCUGAAGGUGUGGAUCUGCCACACGCUGAGGAACGAGCUGCUGGGCGCCGCCUCCGUCAGCCUCGGCAGCCUGCUCAAGGGCGGCGGCAAACUGGAGAACAGGCAGCUGACCCUGGACCUGCAGGCGGAGAACAAAGGCAGCGUUGUGUCGGGAGGAGAGCUGACGAUUUUCCUGGACGGGCCGGCUGUUGCUCUGGGCAGCGUUCCCGACGGCAGUGCGGGCCCGGAGGGGUCCCAGGUGCCCGGACGGGACCCCACCAGCACAGCUGUGGCCACAGAGGGCCGGCACCAACCUCCCAGCACCAACUGCUUUGGCAGCAGACCGAGGACGCACCGACACGCGGCUGGAACAGCCCGGGGAAACACGGGGAGCGGAGAGCAAAGUCCCAGCGCCAGGAGCCGGCACAGGCAGCAGGCCAAGAGCUCACAGCACACCAGCACGGCCACCAGCAUGGCCAAUGGCACGGCCACCAGCACAGCCAACGGCACGGCCACCAGUGUGCCCAAUGGCGUGGCCAAUGGCACAGUCAACGGGGACGCCGUGGGUGCCGUGGACAUGGAUGAGGACAGGCCAGCAGCAGGUGCCAGCGUUCCGACCCCGGCGGUGUCCGGCACGGCCGACAGCUCCGCUGCUCCUGCCCCUCCUGCUCUGAGCAGCUCCAGAGAGGCAGAGGAGGGGGCCUCAGGCCCCAGUGCCCCCCCAGCACGGGCAGCUGUGCUGGCCCUGGAUGCUCUGCCCCCCGGGUGGGAGCAGCGGGAGCUGCCGAAUGGAAGAGUCUACUAUGUAGACCACAACAACAAGACCACGACGUGGGAGAGACCCCUUCCUCCAGGGUGGGAGAAGCGCGUGGAUCCUCGGGGCAGGUAUUACUACGUGGACCACAACACCAGGACCACCACGUGGCAGCGCCCCACGGCCGAGUACGUCAGGAACUACGAGCAGUGGCAGUCGCAGCGCAACCAGCUGCAAGGGGCCAUGCAGCAGUUCAGCCAGAGGUUCCUGUACCAGUCCUCCGGAGCCCCGUCUGACAAUGAUCCUCUGGGGCCCCUUCCUCCCGGCUGGGAGAAGAGACAGGACAAUGGGCGAGUGUAUUACGUGAACCACAACACCCGGACCACGCAGUGGGAAGACCCUCGCACUCAGGGCAGGAUGAUCCAGGAGCCGCCGCUGCCGCCGGGCUGGGAGAUGAAGUACACGAACGAGAGCGUGCGGUACUUCGUGGACCACAACACCCGCACCACCACCUUCAAGGACCCGCGCCCCGGCUUCGAGUCUGGGAGCAAGCACGGCGGCUCCCCGGGCGCGUACGACCGGAGCUUUCGCUGGAAAUACCACCAGUUCCGCUUCCUCUGCCACUCGAACGCGCUGCCCAGCCAUGUGAAGAUCAGCGUGUCUCGGCAGACGCUCUUCGAGGACUCCUUCCAGCAGAUCAUGAACAUGAAACCGUACGACCUGCGGCGCCGGCUGUACAUCAUCAUGCGAGGGGAGGAGGGCCUGGACUACGGUGGCAUUGCCAGGGAAUGGUUCUUCCUGCUGUCCCACGAGGUGCUCAACCCCAUGUACUGCCUCUUCGAGUAUGCAGGCAAGAACAACUACUGCCUGCAGAUCAACCCUGCCUCCUCCAUCAACCCCGACCACCUCACCUACUUCCGCUUCAUCGGCCGCUUCAUCGCCAUGGCUCUGUACCACGGGAAGUUCAUCGACACCGGCUUCACGCUGCCCUUCUACAAACGGAUGCUGAACAAGCGCCCGACGCUGAAGGACCUGGAGUCCAUCGACCCCGAGUUCUACAACUCCAUUGUCUGGACCAAGGAGAACAGCCUGGAGGAGUGCGGCCUGGAGCUGUACUUCAUCCAGGACAUGGAGAUCCUGGGCAAGGUGACCACCCACGAGCUGAAGGAGGGUGGUGAGAGCAUCCGUGUGACGGAGGAGAACAAGGAGGAGUACAUCAUGCUGCUGACAGACUGGAGGUUCACCCGGGGCGUGGAGGAGCAGACCAAGGCGUUCCUGGACGGCUUCAACGAGGUGGUGCCGCUGGAGUGGCUGCGCUACUUCGACGAGAAGGAGCUGGAGCUGAUGCUGUGCGGGAUGCAGGAGAUCGACAUGAACGACUGGCAGAAAAACACCAUCUACAGGCACUACACCAAGAACAGCAAACAGAUCCAGUGGUUCUGGCAGGUGGUGAAGGAGAUGGACAACGAGAAGAGGAUCCGGCUGCUGCAGUUUGUGACAGGGACCUGCCGCCUGCCCGUCGGGGGCUUUGCUGAGCUCAUCGGCAGCAACGGGCCCCAGAAAUUCUGCAUCGAUAAAGUUGGCAAAGAGACGUGGCUGCCACGGAGCCAUACAUGCUUCAACCGCCUGGAUCUCCCUCCCUACAAGAGCUAUGAACAGCUGAAGGAGAAGCUGCUUUACGCCAUCGAGGAGACGGAAGGGUUUGGACAGGAGUGAUGGAGCUGUGGGGCGUUCCCAGAGCGCUGCCCAGGGCCCAGCCUUCCCUGGGAUGUGCCCAGGCCCCUCUGGACACUGUGGCUCCUGUUCCUGGGCGAGCUCUGCACUGACACGGCCCUGGGGGAACGGGCACUGCUUCCCUCCCUAAGGAAAUCCGAGCUGUGAUGGACAGGACACAAGGGCUUGGCUUGCGAGGGCUGGGACAGCACAGGGGGCACUGGGGCUCCCUGCACCCCCCACCAGACACAGUUACGUGUUUGGUAGAGGCUCUUCUUCCCCCUCAUGUUUUCUGCCUUUUCAUGGCAUUUUGGUCAUGGCAAGUGAGGGGGAAAGUGGCUCUCACAUUGACUUCUGGGCCCCCUCCUGCACCCAGCAUUCAGCAGCAGUGACAGGGACCCCCAGGACGAUGCUUCUGAGGCUUUUGGGCACCAUCUGAGCACCAGGACAGCCCCUUCCCAGGCCAGCCCUGCAGCCACUGGAGCCAGCUAAGCGUGUCCCACUGUGCAGCCCGUGGCCCCUGGGCAGUUUUAUUUAAGUGAUGUGGUUUCUGCUCGGAGCUGGUGCUCCGCAGCAGCCCCGGGGGCUCCGGGCCCUGCCGGCCUUCGCUCGGAUCCUGGCUUCUGCCCACGCUCCUGUGCUCCCUCUGCUGCAGCGAGGGCAGGAUCAGCUGGAUGUGUCCCUGGCAGUGUGUGCAGGUGACAGAGCUGGUGUCCCUGUGUCCUGUGGAGACAGGACCCCGCAAGGCUCCGGGCUGGGAACGGCCGGUUCUGCACGGCCCCGCGCGGCUUCGUGUGCAAUAAACGACAAAGCAGCUGCCGA